AUGCAUUUGAAAGCAGCCCACCUUGAUCAAUUCCAGCAGAACAAGCAGAAGGCUGAUGCAUUACAAAAAGCUCACCUGAAUCCAUUGGUUGGGAGCAAACGGAAGGCUGAUGCAAUGAUCUCUGAAAAGGAUUUCGAGCCAGUGCUUUACGUUUCUGGCUGCAGCCAUGCUCUGAUUGCUGCCCAUAUUGAAGGCAGGUACACGGCAACCAAGUGGAAUCAUGGGAAGCCAAUCUAUGAAAAAGAGCAGACCAAGCAGCCAGCUGAUGGUUUUUGGGGCCCCACACCCAGAUCUGCAUUCAUCUACUUCUGGGAUGAGCGUGACGGAGCCCUUCAGCAUGGCUGGUGGUUCGCACCCAUCGUCGGCCACAACAACGUGUGGGCCUUCAAUGGGGCCAAUCGGGAGGCUGAAGUCUUGACGGAGUCUGGUUGGAGGAUUACCUUCGAUGGCGACAUCGAUAAGACUCUGCGGGUCACAGCAAGUCCAGCAAAAGGGUUGGAGGACUUAAAGCUGGAGCUUCGCUGGGAGUUUCUGGCAAGCCCAGAGGGAGCCUCACCAGAAGAUUGGCAGCCGAUGAAGCAAGACAUGAACGAUGUACUUGAGAAGCGUUGGGCCAAACAUUGGGACGAGCCCAGAGCUAGCAUGGCGGCUGUGCUCCCAAAACUGAUGGCGAAGGAUGCCGAGAUCGCACGCCUUCAAGCCCAGAACAGUGACCUCUUCAAGGAACUAGACAAGUUGGAUGACAAGGUCAGAAGGCAGGAGAAAGCUACUUUGAUGGAUUCAGUGGUGGAGCAUGAUGGCCAGAUGAUGCUGCAGGAAAUUUGGCGAAUGGGUCGCCAGCUACAAGUGAAAGUGUACAAAGAAGUCCCUGCUUGGCACAAACUCUAUUCCAUCAUCAAAGAUGCAUUGCUCGAUGCGUGUCCCAAAGACCACUUUGGCCAUUGCCAUCGCAUUCGGGAUGCUCACAUCACGGAAGUGAAGCAGAUAUUUAACGUUGAAGUGUGGAAGGACUAUGAAUUCCGCAAAAAAAGAGUGCGAAAAGAGCUGGAAGAAGGACCUGCCUGUGUGCGCCUGACUAGCAACCUGAAUUCAGAAGUGUGCAGUUGGGCUGAGCUGGACCCAAAGAUCAAUGAGAUUUUGGUGAUCCAUGGCACGACGUUUGACAAAAUCGAUCAAAUUGCCACCUGUGGAUUUGAUGAGCGCCUCGCACGUGAAAGCGGCUUGUACGGGCAGGGUGUGUACUUCACAGACCAAAGCUGCAAGAGUUUACAGUACUCGGGCGCAGCGACGCAACAUGUUGGUUGCUUGAUCAUUGCACGCCUGGUUCUCGGGCGUCCUUUCUUCGCUGGAGGGCCCCAGAAAAACUUGAAGAUAGAGCCCUUUCUGGAUGUGAAUGACCCUUCCAAGGGUCGCUUCCAUUCCGUGAUCGCCCGCCCUGGAACCCCCACAGGCCUCGGGCCACAACCACAGGUUCAUCAAGAGUAUGUGGUUUUCGAUGGUGCUCAAGCAUAUCCAGAGAUGAUUGUGCUUGGGGAGGUGGCCAUCUGGACCAGUCAGGGAUGGCUGUGGGUGCGGAAUUCCGUGCGCCAGUGGGAUGAGCGUUCAGGUUCUUACAUACCACUCCCUCAUUUCCUGUGGUCGCGCUUUGAUGCAAAAGCGCUCCAAGCUCCUGGCAGUGUAUAUUGCUGCAGCUGUUGGAAGGUUUGGGCGCGGCAUGUCAAGCCCGGCAGCAAGUAUGAACUGAGCAGCGCUUGUGAAGAGUUGGCCGUGCGACUGGGGGUGGAAUUUGAAGUACCGAUGAGCCACUCGGGCAAUCCCUACAAAUGCCCUCUUUGCAAGACAUACUUCAACCACGGCACUGCUUCAUUGGAGAGGCACUUGAAACUGAACCACCUGGAUCAAUUUCAACAGAACAAACGGAAGGCAGAUGCAAUGACGCCGCAAAAGGAUUUCGAGCCAGUACUUCAUGUUUCUGGCUGCAGCCAUUAUCCCAUCGCUGCCCUUCUUGAAGGCAGGUACUCUGCGAUCAAGUGGAAUCAUGGGAAGCCUGUUUAUGAAAAAGAUCCCACUGCGAAGCCAGUUCAUGAUGGCCCUAGCUCCGCUUUCAUCUACUUCUGGGAUGAGCGUGACGGAGCCCUUCAGCAUGGCUGGUGGUUCGCACCAACCGUCGGCAACAACAACGUGUGGGCCUUCAAUGGGGCCAAUCGGGAGGCUGAAGUCUUGACGGAGUCUGGUUGGAGGAUUCCCUUCGACGGUGACAUCGACAAGAAUCUGAGGGUCACAGCAGGUCCAGCAGAUGAGUUGGAGGACUUUAAGCUGGAGCUUCGCUGGGAGUUUCUGGCAAGCCCAGAGGGAGCCGCCGAAGAUUGGCAACUGAUGAGGCAAGAUAUGAACAAUGUACUUGAGAAGCGUUGGGCCAAACAUUGGGGAGGUGACAAUGGCACCGACAUCUUCUUUGUGGAAGCUAAUGGCUUUAAGUACGGCAUCGAUUGUCGUUGCAUGGUGCAAUCGAAUUUGCAGACGCACCGCAAGCGCCGCAUCCGGCGGGGACUGCCCAGGCCCAACAUGACGCAGGUGCUCCCGAAGCUGGCUGCGAAGGAUGCGGAGAUCGAGCGUCUUCAAGCUGACAAGCACGGUCUCUUAGACGAACGAACGGAGUUGGCUGCCAAGGUGGCCAAGUUAGAGCAGGAAAGAAGCAUCCUGCUGAAUUCACAGGCUGACCAUGCCACGCAGAUGAUGUUGCAGGAAUCUUGGCGCAUGAGUCGCCAACUGCAAAUGAAAGUUUACAAGGAGGUCCCUGCUGGAGACCAGGCCUAUGCCACUAUCCAAGAUGCAUUGCUUGUGGCAUGUCCUCAAGAGCAUUUCGGCGAUUGUCACCGCAUGCGGCGUGUGUCCAUCACCAAAGUCACGCAGAUCUUCAACGUUCGCAUUUGGAAGGACUAUGAGUUCCGCAAGGAUCAAGUGCGAAAGGAGCUGGAAGGACGAGCUUUUCCAUGCGUGACGAGCAACUUGCCUUCAAAAGCGUGCAGCUGGGCUGAGCUGGACGCAAAGAUCAAUGAGAUUUUGGUGAUCCACGGCACUACUCUUGAGAAAACCGAUCAGAUUGCCACCUACGGAUUUGAUGAGCGUCUGGCACGUGAAAGCGGCUUGUAUGGGCAGGGUGUUUACUUCACAGACCAAAGUUGCAAGAGCCUACAGUACUCAGGUGCUGCAACACAAGAUGGUGGCUGCUUCAUCAUUGCACGCCUGGUUCUUGGGCAUCCCUUUUUCACCGGAGGACCCUUGAAGAAUGGAAAGGUCGAGCCUUUUCUGGAUCCCCUAGACCCUUCCAAGGGUCGCUUCCAUUCCGUGAUCGCCAAGCCCGGAACACCCACAGGCCUCGGGCCCCAACCACAAGUUCAUCGAGAAUACGUGAUCUUCAAUGGUGCCCAAGCAUAUCCAGAGAUGAUUGUUCACUUCAAGAUCACCUGA